AUGUCACUUGGCCGACCUAAAUUCUUUACUACCAAUAAAAGAGGUGAAAACUAUGAACUCAAAUCUGAGUUGAACAGUGAAUAUCGUCAUCAUCGCAAGGAUGCAGUCAAGAAAGUAAUUGCCAACAUGACAGUUGGCAAGGACGUAAGUGGCUUGUUUCCAGAUGUCUUGAAGAACAUGCAGACAGAAGACUUGGAGCUGAAAAAACUGGUCUAUCUUUACCUUAUGAAUUAUGCAAAGACUCAACCCGAACUCGUUAUUCUGGCUGUCAAUACGUUUGUGAAGGAUUCAGAUGACCCAAAUCCGUUGAUUCGUGCUUUGGCUAUCCGUACCAUGGGUUGUUUACGAGUCGAUAAAAUCAUUGAUUAUCUUACUGAGCCUUUACGCAAAUGUCUCAAGGAUGAGAAUCCUUAUGUUAGAAAGACGGCUGCUGUUUGUGUUGCUAAGCUGUAUGAUCUUAAUCCAGAAUUAGCUAUGGAGCAAGACUUUGUUAAUGCUGUCAAGGACAUGGUGUCUGAUGUGAAUCCUAUGGUAGUGGCUAAUGCUGUGAUUGCUUUGUCCGAUAUCAAUGAAGCUUGUCCUCAACACAAUGUCUUUGAAAUUAAUAGUAACAUAUCCAAUAAGCUAUUGCAUGCUUUGAAUGAAUGUACCGAAUGGGGUCAAAUUGCUAUUUUGUCAGCUAUUGCUGAAUAUAAAGUAUCAGGAGGCAAAGAAGCAGAAAGUAUUUGUGACAGAGUGAUACCUAGAUUACAACAUGCCAAUGGUGCUGUCGUAUUAUCUGCUAUUAAAGUCUUGAUGAUCAAUAUGAAGUAUAUCAAAGAAGAGGCGUUUAUUAAAUCCAUGUGUAGAAAAAUGGCCCCUCCUUUAGUCACUCUUCUAUCCAGCCCUCCUGAAGUUCAGUACAUUGCAUUGCGUAACAUUAGUCUUAUUCUUCAAAAGCGUCCUGAAGUAUUAAGCAAUGAAAUCCGUGUUUUCUUUUGCAAAUACAACGACCCUCCUUAUGUCAAAUUGGAAAAACUAGAGAUCAUGAUCAAGCUUUGCAAUGAUCGCAAUGUGGACCAGUUAUUAAGCGAAUUAAGAGAAUAUGCAAAUGAAGUCGACGUUGAUUUUGUGCGUAAAUCUGUUCAUGCUAUUGGCCGUUGUGCUAUCAAGAUUGAUGAAGCAGCAGAGCGUUGUAUCAAUGUCUUGUUGGACCUUAUCAAUACAGGUGUUAGUUAUGUAGUUCAAGAAGCCAUUGUUGUCAUCAAGGAUAUUUUCCGUAAAUACCCUCGUAAAUACGAAGGAAUUAUUCCUACUCUUUGCGAGAAUCUGGAAGCCUUGGAUGAACCUGAAGCCAAGGGUUCAUUGAUCUGGAUCAUUGGUGAAUAUGCAGAGAGAAUCGAUAAUGCAGAUGACUUGAUCAGUAUCUUUUUGGACAACUUUAAAGAAGAAAAUGCUCAAAAACCAAAUGAAAAUCAAGACCUUGUACAACGUAUUCUUCAGACAGCUACAACUGAAUGCGAUAAUGCAGAUAUUCGCGAUAGAGCUUACGUCUAUUGGCGUCUACUUUCUACAGAUCCUCAAGCUGCCAAGGCCGUUGUUUUGUCUGAGAAACCUCCUAUCGCUGGAGAAAAUGACGGACUUUCUCCUGCACUGCUCGAGACCUUGUUGUAUGACAUUGGUACUUUGGCUUCUGUUUAUCACAAACCUGCCGAGACGUUUAUUGCAGGCAAGAAAUUUGGCGCUGAUCAUGUCAACAAAGCCAUGGCAGAACACGCAGAAGAAGAAGACAUCAACGCUCCACCACCUCAAAUACAAGCUGCUAUUAAGAAUAAUGAUAUUGGCAACUUGCUCGAUUUAGAUUGGGAUGAACCCUCUGCAGAAACACCUGUCUCUCCUAUCAUGACAGAAACUCAGGGCCAUAGUUCGCUCCAAGACUUGCUUUCAAUCAGUCAUGGUCCAGAGGCACAGGCCAAUCCACCAAGUAAUGGCAAUAUAGAUGACAUUAUGAAUUUAUUUAAUUCAACUCCAACUUUUGGUACACAAAACUCUUCUUCGCCUCAACCUAUGGCCAUGAAUAAUAUACAGGAUUUAUUGGGCAACACGUCUUCUCCUCAACCUCAACAGCCUCAACAACAAACAGCACCUUCAAAAGAUCCUUUUGCUGAUCUUUUCUAG